AUGGCCGCAGCGCUAGCGCUGAGGGUGGUCGCGGGGCUGGCGGCCGCGGCGCUGGUGGCAGUGCUCUUGGAGCACUAUGGCUUGGCUGGCCCAUCCUCGCCGCUGCCCCAGCCCCGCGCCCCCCGGAGCUGGCACCCAGCGCCGGGCCCUGGAGACAGCAACAUCUUCUGGGGCCUGCAGAGAAUAUCCGAUCUUCACGUGAGCAGGUUUCAGGAUCGAGACAGAGCGGUAGAUUUAGAGAAGUUCUGUUCUGAAAAUAUUGACAUCAUUCAACCAGCCCUCGUCUUAGUAACAGGAGACCUGACAGAUGCCAAAACAAAGGACAAGCUGGGAUCCAGGCAGCAUGAGGUAGAAUGGCAAACUUACCAGGGUAUUCUAAAGAAGACAAGGGUCCUGGAAAAAACCAAAUGGCUGGAUAUCUGAGGAAAUCAUGAUGCAUUCAAUAUCCCAAGUCUGGAGAGUGUUGAGAAUUAUUACAGGAAAUAUUCUGCUGUACGUAGGGAUGGCUCUUUCCAUUAUGUGCACCGUACUCCCUUUGGCAACUAUUCUUUCAUCUCUGUGGAUGCCACUCUCAAUCCAGGACCUAAGAGACCCUAUAAUUUCUUUGGAAUUUUAAAUGAGAAACGGAUGGAAGAGCUUUUAUUACUGGCCCAGGAAAGUAGUCGGAGCAACCAUACUAUAUGGUUUGGACAUUUUACAACAUCCACUAUCCUUUCUCCAUCACCAGGCAUCCGGUCAAUAAUGAGUUCAGCUACAGCUUAUUUGUGUGGGCACCUCCAUACACUUGGUGGAUUGAUGCCUGUUUUGCAUACUUGUCACUUCCAGGGCACUUUGGAACUUGAGGUGGGAGACUGGAAGGAUAACAGAAGGUACCGGAUCUUUGCUUUUGAUCAUGACCUCUUUAGCUUUGCAGAUUUGGUCUUUGGCAAGUGGCCUGUGGUUCUUAUCACCAACCCUAAAUCACUCCUCUAUAGUUGCACUAAACAUGAACCACUAGAAAGACUCCUUCACUCAACACACAUCAGAGUCUUGGCCUUUUCCUUAUCCUCCAUUACUUCUGUCAUAGUUAAGAUUGAUGGAGUUCAUUUAGGACAGGCUAUUCAUUUGUCUGGUCCUAUUUUCAUAUUGAAGUGGAACCCCAGAAACUACAGUGAUGGGACACAUAACAUAGAAGUAAUUGUCCAGGAUUCUGCUGGAAGAAGUAAGACUGUUCAUCACAUAUUUUCCAUUCAAGAGGAUAUUCAUCUCAGAUUUGAUCCCCUGGCAUCAUUUAUUCUCCUUACUGAUUUCUAUAUUGUGGCACGGGUCCUCUUUUUGCUGAUUGUACUGAUCCAGAUCACCAUUCUUAUUACUUUUAGGUAUCGAGGACAUCCAAAGCUUAAAGGAUCUCCAGGAUUUGUAAAUCUGACUUUGUUUUCCCUUCAUGUUUUGAGCAAAAUAAACAUCUUCUACUAUUUUGUGUUAUUGCUGACACUGUAUACAGUGCUGGGACCAUGGUUUGUUGGUGAAAUCACUAAAGGCAAAUUGGGCUGCCUCUUUUCCUUUGGGAUCUUUGUUGAUGGGCAUUUCCUACAAGGCAGCUUAACAUUUAUAGUUGGAAUUCUUCAGCUGGCGUUUUUUAACAUUCCUUUGAUGGCUUACCUGUGUUGGAGCUUAUUGCAACGGUGCUUUGGUCACAACUUCAGAUCUCAUCUCCACCAAGAUAAAUACUUGAAAAUUAUACCUGUUCACCUACUUAUGCUACUGCUGUACAUCUGGCAGGCUUAUUCCUGCUACUUUCUUCAUGUGACAUAUGGCACCCUAGCUUUUUUCUUCUCCCCUUUGUGGACCUGGUUGACACUGCUGACACCUGUUCUCAUUCGUCGUGUGUGGAUACUGAACUCCACUGAGCUUGGAAACUUUGUGGUGCUGUUAAAAAGCCACCUGAGCUUCUGAUGGCUAUAUCUUACCACUGGCAGCUGGAC